UUCUCCAAUGUUGUAUUGGCAUUUAUCAUUCUGAAACACCUUAUUUUGUUUUUCUUUCACUGAGGGAAUCCAAAUCUUCAUCGCAUCAAUCACAAUACAAUGGAGAAGAACCUUGCCGAGAAUUCUGGCAAAGCCGAAGACAUGAACACCGGCGACAACACUACCAAUUCGCCGGCAGCGCCGGAGCCCGAAGAUAAUAAACUCGACGCCAAAACGGACGGCGAAGGAGAAAAAGCCGCGGAUUCAGAUCACGCCGAGGGAGACCAAGAUCCCAAAGAGGAAGAGAAGAAGGAAGAAGAAGAAGAAGAAACCGCGGAGGCUCCACCGGAUUCUCCCCCUCCAAACCUCGAGAAGGUUUCAGAAGACAUUGACAAAUUGCUCGCCACUCAGCAACACAAUGCAGAUGCUAACAAGAAAGAAGUCACCACAUUCGAUACGCCUAAUUUCAUCCCCAUUUUCUUGCAACUAGUGGAAGAGAAAAUGAAGAGGUACGAAACAAAUGAGGCAAAAUUGGGUGAGAAUGCGGAAGAGAAAUCGUCGUUUCUGGAAUGCGUGAAUCGCAUCUCAAAGCUGAUGAAACAUUUCUCGGAGUACGCUCAAUCUCAUCAAGAGGAAGAUCAAGAAGAAAACAAGGACAAGGUCAAGGGAAAAACAGACUUGAUAAUCAACGGCCUCGGCGCGCUUCAGCAGCGUGCGAUGUCGUUUUUGGAGGACGAGUUUCGGUCUCUAAUGGAAGAAUCUAGAAACCAAGCCAAACCCGCAGAGCAAAACCAGAACCAGAAGGGGAAACAACAACAAGUGGCGGAAUCUUCUGAGCCCGAGUCACCUGCAGAAAUGGUUACGGAUUUCCCGGGUUUACCGGAGGAAACGGUUACGAAACUGAGCAAAAUAGCUAAAGAAAUGAUCACAGGCGGUUACGGAAAAGAGUGCUGCCAUGUCUACGCGCUUUCGCGAAGGCACGCGUUCGAAGACGGAAUGCACAAGCUACUAGGUUACGAGAAGCUCAGCAUCGAUGAAGUUCAGAAAAUGCAGUGGGAGCCACUGGAGCGCGAGAUCCCACUGUGGAUCAACACGUGGAAGGAAUGCACCUCCGUGUGGUUCCCUGGCGAGUGGAGGCUCGCGGAGUCAGUGUUCGGCGAAGAGAAGGAGCAAGAUUCUUCCCUAUCGACGAACAAUAUCGCGGCGAGCCUCUUUGCUAACCUCUCCCGCGGAAUCAUGAUCCAGCUUCUCAAUUUCGCGGAGAGUGUCGCCAUGACGAAGCGCGCCAGCGAGAAGCUCUUCAAGUUCCUCGACAUGUACGAGACCUUGAGGGACGUUAUUCCCGACAUGGAGAGCCUCUUCCCCGCCGACGACGGGGAGAUCAAGGCCGAGACGACCUCGGCCAAGUGCCGCCUCGGCGAGGCGGCGGUGCUGAUAUUCUGUGACCUCGAGAACUCUAUCAAAUCGGAAACCGGAAAAACUCCGGUAGCCGGCGGCGCGGUGCAUCCCCUCACGCGCUACAUCAUGAACUACUUAAGGCUAGCGUGUGAAUACAAAGACACUUUAGAAGAAGUGUUCAAAGAACACUCCAAAAUGGAGCGGGCAGAUUCAACAAGCAGGCCACAAUACGAAGAUACCAAACCAAACAACAACAACAAACAGAAAGAAAACGUGUCACCUUUCGCGGCGCAGUUAAUGAGGGUGAUGGAGCUUCUGGACACAAAUCUCGAAGGAAAAGCGAAGCUGUACAAAGAAGUACCACUGAGCUGCAUAUUCAUGAUGAACAACGGAAGGUACAUAGUUCAGAAGAUAAAAGGCUCUACGGAGAUCUACGAAGUGAUGGGAGAAACGUGGUGUCGCAAGAGAUCGACGGAGCUGAGAACUUACCACAAGAACUACCAGGUUGAAACGUGGAGCAAGAUUCUGAGUUCUCUUAGCCCUAAAGGUUUGAACGAGAACGGGAAGGUGCACAAGCCGGUGCUGAAGGAGCGCUUCAAGAGCUUCAACGCGGCGUUUGAGGAGAUUCACAAGACGCAGAGCGCGUGGGUGGUGUACGACGAACAGCUUCAGUCGGAGCUUAGGGUUUCUAUUUCCGCGCUCGUGAUUCCGGCGUACAGGUCCUUCUUGGGAAGGUUUUCGCAAUACUUAGAUCCCGGAAGGCAAACUGUAAAAUAUAUUAAGUAUCAAGCUGAAGAUGUUGAGACUUGCAUUGAUGAGUUGUUUGAUGGGAACCCUCAUGGGCGUCGCUAGAAAAAAAAAAUAAAAAAUCACCAAUUACCUCCAUGUCAAACACAUGCACACACGUGGAUUUGAUGAAGAAAAUAAGAUGAACCAGAGGGAGUGAAUUGAGAAAGAUUGGCACGUGCGUGUUGAAGCUUCUUCCUUGAUUUGAUUGGUUUCCACACCACUGGGGCGAAUUGGGUCGUUUUAAUGUAAUUGAUGAUUAACUUUCCCUCUUUGGAUGUUUGGUCUUGCUUGUUAAUUUGGCCCAGUUUAAUUAACUGUUAUGUGAAUG